GCGGGACAGGCAGCUUCUCUAGAGAGAAGGAAUGGGUGACGUUUCGGGCCGAGACGCUUGUGUUUAGAAGGUGUUUGUGUUUGGUAAAGCUUCUCUCCCAUUGAAAUUGAAUGGGAAUGGAGUUCAGACGGAGGCAGCGUGUCUCUGUAACCCAGGAAACUAAACAAAGAAAGCUGAGGCACAGAAUUCAGGGCUUGCAUGCCUCGCCGUAGAUACAGCGUUUCCACAGACGCCAGCGGUAGUUUUUUGUGGGGAUCUCUACACGCGAACGUUGCAAUUUACAACAUGAACCAUUUGAGAGACUGUGACUAACUUGUAGCCGUGUCUAUUUGGCCUGUGGGCAGCCAUGCCGGCGGGCAGCAGAGUGUUGGAGCCGCGCAGUUUCGUGGCCAUAAAGCCGCUGCCGUUCGCUGCUGCUGCCCAGGGGCUGAAGGUGCGGGCCAGGAGUCUGGCCGUCUACAUCCCAUCCGAGCCCAGCAGGGAGCACAUAUUCCGCGACAACUACCGCCGGCGCCAGCGGCAACUCAACCAGCAAGGUUACCGCUCCCUCAGCUGGCAACCCUACCAGCCCAUCGGGCACCCACUCCAGCUAGCGCCGCGGAAACUUGUCCUACACUCGCUGGGGCAACUACAUCAGGCUGUGAUUGAUGAGGCCACCGCUGCCAGUGAGGAUCGCCCGGAUGAAGCAAAGGACUCGCGCUCACCGAAUGUGCCAAAGGAGAACAAGGUCCCUGCUGCAAAUAGAAUUAACCUGAAAUACAAAGACAAAGACCUGAAAACUAUCAGUAAAGACCUGUCGCACACCAGGCAGUUGGUCAACACAGCGAAGCAGGGACACGGCUUCUUCAAGCGACUACAGAGAGAGGAACAGGAGAAAAAAACUGCACAAUUGAUGGAGCAGAGGAAACUAAUGGAGAAGCGUAAAACCGCAUGGCAACCUCCAAAGCUUUCAUCCGAUGAGGAGUCUGAGGAAGAGCAGGAUGAGGCGAUGAGGUUUUUUAAAACAGAACCAGUGAUGUCUACACACUUGAAAGGAAUUCAACGACACUCCCAUAAUGUGUCCAGCAAAAGAAAAAAUGUUUCUGCACGACCUUACACCCCCCUAUACUGUAGCUUGGUGUCGUCCAGAUUUACAGACAGAGAUGUGGAACCACUUCAUCGACAGCUCUGUGCUUUGAACUGGCUAUUGGAGGCUGUGGCUGCUGAACCACCCAACACAAUGGGCCCUGUUUCAACCUGUUGGAGUGCCAGGGAUCCAGGUGGAAUGAAAAAUGCAUCCAGGAAAAUCAACAAAGACAAAUCCAUAGAAGCCAAGUGGGAACAGUUCAUAUCACAGCCCAAGUUAAAAAAAUCCACCAUGAGGAUUCUGCAAAAGACACCAUUACGAUUCAGGAGAACGUCCUUCUCAGCAGCCUCACCUGCCAAUGUGUCUUCCUCCAUGCUGACCCCAGUAUUUGACAGCGCCUCCUCAGAGAUAGCCAGCUCUGGAGACAGGGGGACAGGGACUCCGGCACCUGUAUUAGAAUCAGUUUGUGAAAUUCCAGAUGAUGACUCCACCAUAAGCAGCAUUCACACCCAAAACAAACAGGAUGAAGAGGAGGAGGAAGCAAUACCUGAUUAUCUUCAGAAACUCAUUGACUCUGUGCAUGAGAGCAUUAACAAAGAGCUUCAUGGCGAAGAGGCACAUCCAAGACACAGUGAGGAAAGCUCAACAGCUGUCGUGAGUACUGGAAAAGUGAACCCGUGGGCCAGUUACAGCACAGAGCCACAUACUGACGUUAAUAAAUUGCAACAGAGGCCAAAAAGCACCCCUUCAGGCCACGUUUCAGGAAUCAACCUGCUUUCCGCCAGCAAAUCCUCCCUUUCACUGGAGAUGCAGUCAAAAUUUGUCGAGAUAACUGAGGAAGCAGCGUUGUGUCUCCAUGACAACCUAGAGGCCUUGGAAAAGAAACGCUGGGACACCAGCAGACGCAGGUUCCGUGCGCUGGACAACAUCACCAGCUUCUAUACUUACAACGAGGACAUGCAACGCUCCCUUCAGGAAUCAGGAGAAAAUAAAACAGAAGGAAAUGCAGAGAGCUGGUUCUGCAGCUUGUUGCCCAGAGUUCCCGAGGAAAUACGAGGAAAUCAGAAGAUCAGCCAAGCUCUGAGGAAGCUGGAAAAGUUUGGAGAAAGACAAAGCCUCAGAAUUAGGCCGCAACAAUUCCUCAAGACGCUUCAUGGAUUGCGGAAUUGGGAGCUCUGCUCCCCAGACAUUAGCGCGGCUAUUGAGUUUAUGCGAGACAAAGUGAUUCAGAUGCCUGCAGAAGACUAUGACAACUGGCUUCAGCUGAAAUUGAACCUACCAAAGAGGGCACAAAGUGCACCUCCCAUGAGGUGAAUAUCGCAGGAGAAACAUCUAACACAUUGUUGUAACGUGGUACCAUUUGGAGGUGUUCUAUAUCCUUUUGCAUCAAAUUUACAUGAGCUGAAAUCACUGCGUAUGAUAUUAAUUAACACAAAUUAGAUUUAUGUACAAUAUCUAUUGUUUGAAAUAAUCGAAUAAACUAGCUUGUUAUACUAACACUAGGCAAAACAUGUCUUCAUAGGCUUUAAUAAUUAGUGUCCAAUGCAAUUUCACCCACAUUAUUCUAAUAUUUUCCUAAUUAUAACCUGAGCAUCAAAUAAACCAAGGAGAUAAAAGUGAUAACAGAUUCUUUAGUUAUUUUGAUAUGUGAU